AUGGCCACCGGAGACGCAGCAGAGUCGGUGGAGGAGACCGUCGCCUUCCCCGACUGGGUGGUGCUGGAUCGCUACGGCCGCACCUACUGCCACGACGACCUAGACAGUGCUCGUGAGGCUGCCAAUGAGAAGAAGACCGCCGUUGAAUUCGUCACCGGCACCGGCCACCGCUGCUGCUUGUCUUUCACCCUCUCGGAUCCUCCAAAGCUCUCUUACCUCGAUAUCCAUUGGCCGCUGGAAGGCUCAGCCAAACCCGAGCCCCCGUACCGCUUUCCCGCCUAUCCCUACCUCCGGGCAGCCGACGAGGACCUCGUCCUCUUCGAAAUCUCCAUGCCGAACCAGCCGUGCUUCGACGGCGACCCGUCAGAUCUGUUUGUCUACACCGCCGCGGGUCCUUCCCCCUCGGUGCAGCAGCUCCCUCUGUACACUGAGCCCAGGGAAUGGCCGUUCCUGAGGUCUAGAAAAAACACAGGCAUCCUGCGGCUCGCCGGCGACCGAUACAUCGUUGCCGACCUCAGGGUCUACUGGGAAAAAAAGAAGGGCUCUGACAAUUAUUCCGACCAGGGCAAUGGCGGCCUGUUCCCCGUCCUCUGGAAAACCAACGAUGUGCUCGCUUUCGACGGCCGGUUCCUCUGCUGGGUCGACCACUUGAGCGGCGUCCUGCUGUGUGAUUUCCCCGAUGCAGACUCCCCGGUGCUCCACUUCGUGCCUUUCCCCGGAGGACAAGGUUACCCCGACGACCGACACAUUGCAAUGUGCCUCGCGAAUUAUUACCGAAGGGUGUCCAUCAGCCAAGGCAUAAUGCGCUUCGUCGACAUUGACCAUGGCUAUCACGAGAGAGUCCACGUUGGCUGGCGCCAGCGGCUCGAGAGAGGGCAAGGGCAGCAGCACCCUCCCCUGAACAUCACCAUCUGGACAUUGAAAGUGAUGGGGGCUGGUGGUGACCCCAGGUUCGAGUGGGAGGUGCAUCGUGUGAUCAACCUGGAUUGUCUCUGGUCGCAACGUGGUUACCAAGCUCUCGGCAUGCGUCCGUGUCUUCCCGAGUUCCCAGUCGUCCCCGCGGAUGACCCGGAUGCCCUGUGCUGCCUGUUGAGGGACGAGAAGCUACUUAGCAAUCAACAGCUCCACGGACACUGUGAUGCUGAUGCCCGGACACAGUCGUGGAUGAUCAUGGUUGACAUGAACCAUGCAUAUCUGCGGUCAUGUACCGAAUACAUCAAUCAACAGCCCUACGGUCGUCCUGAUGAGUGCGUGAAUGCAAAAGCUGUGAAAGUUCACGAAAACUUGUUUUCCAAUACGCUCCUACUUCCAGCUGUCUUCUCCAAAUACCUUGAAAGGCCAAAAGGUAAGCUCUCUUAA